UCCAACCCUAUUUCGGACAUAGCCAUGAACAGCUGCAGGUACAACGGGGGGAUACCGAGACCCCUCAGCAGCUUGAGCUCCUCCCGGAGAAACCUCCACGAUCCAGACCCUGAGACACAGCCUCUGCAGACACUACACAGCCCGGGACUGGAAGUGGUGGUCGCCAAGAACGACCCCACCAAAGCAUCACAUCGUAGCCUGAGGGGAGGGGAGGAGAGUGUACAGGUUGGUGCACGAGGUCAGAAGAACAGACAGAACGUGGGAUAUAAGCUUGGUCAUCGCCGGGCCCUGUUCGAGAAGAGGAAAAGACUCAGUGAUUACGCCCUCAUAUUCGGCAUGUUUGGUAUUGUCGUCAUGGUCACAGAAACAGAGUUAUCCUGGGGGGUCUACACCAAGGAAUCCUCUUACUCAUUUGCACUGAAAUGCCUUAUUAGUCUCUCAACUGCUAUCCUGCUUGGACUCAUCAUUAUGUACCACGCCAGAGAGAUCCAGCUUUUUAUGGUGGACAAUGGAGCAGAUGAUUGGAGAAUAGCCAUGACCUAUGAAAGGAUAUUUUUCAUCACUUUGGAGCUGACAGUGUGUGCCAUCCACCCUAUCCCUGGGCAGUAUUCCUUCACCUGGACAGCUCGCCUGGCAUUUUAUUAUACCACCUCUGUGGCCAAUGCUGACAUAGACAUCAUCUUAUCAAUUCCAAUGUUCUUGAGGCUCUACCUGAUAGGACGUGUAAUGCUCCUCCACAGCAAGCUCUUUACUGAUGCCUCUUCCCGGAGCAUUGGUGCCCUCAACAAGAUAAAUUUCAACACAAGAUUUGUUAUGAAGACAUUAAUGACCAUUUGCCCUGGCACUGUGCUCCUAGUGUUCAGCAUCUCGUCCUGGAUUAUUGCAGCUUGGACUGUCCGAGUAUGUGAGAGGUACCAUGACAAGCAGGAGGUGACCAGUAACUUCCUGGGUGCUAUGUGGCUCAUUUCUAUAACGUUCUUAUCCAUUGGUUAUGGAGACAUGGUGCCCAAUACUUAUUGUGGGAAGGGAGUCUGUUUGCUUACUGGAAUUAUGGGAGCAGGUUGCACUGCUCUGGUUGUUGCUGUGGUCGCACGAAAGUUGGAACUCACCAAAGCAGAGAAACACGUACACAACUUUAUGAUGGACACGCAACUUUCAAAGCGGGUGAAAAAUGCAGCUGCCAAUGUACUCAGGGAAACGUGGCUGAUUUACAAAUACACAAAGCUUGUGAGGAAGAUCGACCAUGCUAAAGUACGCAAACACCAACGCAAGUUUCUACAAGCAAUUCACCUGUUACGCAGUGUGAAAAUGGAGCAGAGAAAGCUCAACGAUCAGGCUAACACACUGGUUGAUCUAGCAAAGACACAGAACGUGAUGUACGACCUCAUGUCUGAUCUGCAAGAACGUAAUGAUGACCUUGAGAAGAGGAUUAUGACCCUGGAGACUAAGGUUGACUCAAUAAAUGCUUCUCUACAGGCUCUACCGGGGCUGAUUGCUCAGGCCCUGCUUCGAGAGCAGGGAGAACUUUUCCUUCUGCGCUCCCACCGCCCCUUCCCUCCAUCAAACAGUUCAGACAAUUCUUGGAGUCCACCACGCCGGCGCACUUCUCCUUCCACUGCUCCCCACACUUCCUCAGAUAGCGGCUGAUGGAGGCGGAGGAAUGAGGACAUUUAAGGGGCAUGGGUAGGAUUUGUGGAGGUGAAGACUUAACGAGAUCACUUAUUAUCCUUUGCCACUGUGUGGUUAGAUUAUGUCAGCUUUUUUUCUUAAAAGCCUUGGAUAUUUGUUAACCCCUGCGGGUUCUUUGAAAAUGCUGGAGUGAACGUUCUAUCAAAAACAAAAGCAAAAUAUUUGUGUAAACACUCACACGUGUGUACGCGCAGCAGCGCGAUUAACCCUUUCCUGCCACAUGGCUGAUCUCUUGGGCAGUGAUGGAGUCAGGUUCAACGCAAAAAAAAAAAAAGGCGUUUUAUCUUCCAUGCUACAAGCUUUCUCUAAAAUAUAUUUAUUUUCUUACAAAUAUUAUAUUAUUAAUUUCUGCUAGGUUUUUAUUUUUAACUCAUUAAAUGCUGCUGUUGGAGCCUAGCAGAUCAGCUUUUAAACUGUGAGGAGGAGAGACGGCCAUACUUUUUUUUUUAAACUUUGUCCCUCUCCAACACGGAAAAUGUUCUAAUGUUAUUUAAAAUAUUAGGAAACUUGG